GUCUUAUUUCCGCCUCUUCUUUACCACUCGAGCAAGGCAAAGAAACCAGGAUUAAUCUUUCUCGGUUGCAGCGCGCUUCAUUACCUGCCGUGCCUGCCAUUGCAUUGCUCCAUUUCUUUUUAGAUCCUGUCCCUCCCUCUCCUAUAACCCCCGUCGCAUCCGUCCUACACUACACAUUACUCUCGCCAAGUUUGAAGAUCCUUCUUCUUUAUUGCUGCUGCUUCAUCGGCCUCGCCUCCCCGACUCUCUCGGUCAACCGUCUUUCUGCUUUCUGUCAGACCAGCGGGAACAAAACCUCCGUCGCCUCCCCUCCAAAUCACCCAAACCAGCGAUACCGGCCAAUCAUCCGCCUCCCGUGCGCCACAACGAAGCACAUCAGUUACCCUUUUCUCGCUACGGUGUCGUCAUUUGUCACUCGUCACUCCCCGUACCCAGCCUUUCGAAGCCAUCCGCCUGCAGAAAGCACAUCCAAGGGUCCUCGUCACCCUCGACCAUAUUUUUCAUCCCUCCCAUCGCCCGUCGAUUUGCUUGCCAAAUCGUUACCUCACGUCUGAGAGGCAAUAGACGAAUCGAUAGCGGCGCACCUUAUCGAUCCGGCUCCCCAAGCCCGAAGCCAAAAAGCACAAACCAACAGAACCGAACCACCGCCCGGUCGCCGCCUCCUUCUCUCUCAUAUUAUUCUUUUCUAUCAUUUCCUUCUUCUAGAACCUCUUUCCCACCCCGGGCGCCUCCUCUGCGUAAUCCGUCACCAUGUCGUGGGAACUCUCUCGCCGUCGCAUUGUCCGAGCUGUCAACAGCAAAUACAUUUAUGGACGUCUCCCACUGCUUCACGCAAUCAUCAUUCUUAUCGAAAUGGCGCUCGUCGCCCGGCUGGUGUCCAAGUUCAACCAAUACUACGAUGAACGGCCACUGCUCACCAUGAUGGUGACCAACGCCAUCCUCGGUGGCAUCGCCGAUACGACCGCACAGACAGUUACCGCCCUUCGCCUGAAGGCCGUCCGUAAGCCCGGCGGCGUCGACAAGGACGAUGGCAUCGCGAUCGAAAUCCACGACCUCGACCGCAAGAACCCCUUCUACGAGAAGGACCUCAUUCCCAACAUUAGCAGCCUGCCUCCUCCAUUCGAUUUUGAGCGCCUGACUCGCUUCAUGGCCUACGGUUUCGGCAUGGCGCCCCUCCAGUUCCGCUGGUUCAAGUUCCUGUCAGCCACUUUCCCCAUCACCAAGACCAGCGCCUUCGUCCCUGCCAUGCAGAGAGUCGCAUUUGAUCAGCUUAUUUUUGCGCCCUUUGGUCUGCUGUGCUUCUUCUCUGUCAUGACGGUUGCCGAGGGUGGUGGACGUCGUGCCGUCAUGAGCAAGUUGCGCGACAUGUAUAUCCCCACGUUGAAGGCCAACUUCAUCGUCUGGCCUGCCGUGCAGGUCGUCAACUUCCGCCUGAUGCCCAUGCAGUUCCAACUGCCCUUCGUCUCCACGAUCGGUAUUGCCUGGACCGCCUACCUCUCCCUCACCAACUCAUCUACCGAGGUCGAUAACCGCCCCGGCGCCCGCGAGGACGACCACAUUCGUCUCAGCUAAACUCACCACCUAUACUUGAUUUCCUCGCAUUUUCAGUCUGCAGGUCGGCAUGGGUCAGGUCUGGUCGACACCAUGGCGUGCACACGAGAAGGUUAUACCAAUGGAGCACAGUCGUGCUUAGAAUUUAUUCGAUCGUUAUAAAGAAAAAGACAGCAACGGCAUUAACGGCAUCGGCUGCUGCGAAGGGUACAGGCGUCUGGUGUUUUGGAUCCGAAUGAUUGGUUUAGGAAGGCCCUCAUUUUAUCGUCUCUCUUUUGUAGUAAGCAGUUGUAAAAUGCAACGAAAUUGAACAAGACAGUUCAUCGAUGAUAUCUGAUGCUUUGGAUAAAGUGUGGUCUGAGAAUGUUGUAAUGGCUCCGAUUUUGGACCGGCGGAUCUCUCGGUGAUAUUUGAAGCUUGUCACUGAGAGCAAACCCCGGUCACCUUGGCUGUUGAAAAUUAUUGCUAUAACAUACCACAGCAUGCUUGGUGCACAGUCCUCGGUUCAGGACUGUUAUGUACCAACAAUAGCGUCUGAAACGGAACCAUAAGAUAGCCAAGAUGCUGCAGGC